CUCCAGAGACACCGCUUGGUGUUUGACAGAAAUUGUGUGUUGUAUUUGAGUGUCUCGUUUUCGAAUGAAUGGUGAGGAAGGCAUUAAUUGGGAAUAAAAAUGAAUAACACGUGCCGAAUAUGCAUGGAAGGAAGCAAAGAAUUACUUUCAAUGGCUGUGUCGAAGAGAGAUAACGAAAUUGAAAUUUUGAAGCCAGGAAUGAUGUUCGAAGAGUGCCUUGGUAUUGAGGUUGCGGAUAUCCCCGACUGCUUGCAAAUAUGUUUGGGGUGCAAGAUUCAUCUCACUUACUACUACGACUUCAAACAGCAAGCGUUAAGGUCUCACGAUAAAUUAAUGAAAAUCAGAAAAGAAUCAGAAGCCCAGCUGGAGUCCGAGGCUGAAGAAAUAUUGGCUUUGCGUUUCGACAGUUCCAAACAGCCAAACAAACUAAUACCGGAAACAAAUGACCACUGUGCUAUAGUCUUGGAUGGUAUAGAUGAGGAGGAAGCAGGAGAUAUUGAGUUUGAAUCAAAUUUCAAUGUUGACAUCGAAUAUUUGGAGGAAGGCGUCAAUCCACUGUGCGUACCAGACAUGAAAGACGAAACUUAUGAGGCAGUGGAGGAGAAUAUACAGAACGAUGAGAUUAAACCGGUGUUGGAUACAGACAACUACGAAGAAGUAACCCUCAAAAAUGGAGAGGCCGAAAUCCUAAUCGGUAAAGAUAGAUUGGAAUUCAACGGGGUGCAAGAUGAGGAAGAGCCUGAUGAGUCAACAGAUGGCGAAAAGAAUGAUAAGCCAACGUCGCAGAAAAAUACUGUAUGGAAAUAUCAUUGUGGGAUUUGUGGUAAGAAAUUUCGCAAUAUAGACAUUUACACAGGACACUUGAAUGUACAUCAAGGCUUACCUGCUUACUGUUGUGAGAUUUGUUCAAAGGAAUUUAAAUAUAAGGUGAACUACGAUUACCACAUGAAAAACCAUAACAACAAUCGAAGUUUCAAAUGCUCGUUCUGCACGAAAACGUGUUUAUCCAAGUGGGACCUUAAAGUUCACAUGCGAUCCCAUACCGACGGAAGACCGUACAGUUGUGAAAUAUGUGGAAGAGGAUUUCGGGUGCAUAGUCACAUGACUGACCAUAUGGAAACACACAAUAGCCAGAGGACGAAUGAAUGUCCAAUCUGUUGCCAAAAGUACAAGACGAGAGCCUCAUUGAAAAUGCACUUGAGUACAGUUCAUUUCAGAGUUAAUGAAUACACUUGCACAACGUGUGGUAAAGUUUUCUAUCGGAAUCAUCAUCUUAAGGUUCAUCAAAAAGUGCAUCAACGGAAUUCAAAAAAUGAUUAAUUCCUUCUUUAAAUAAAAGAAACGCUAGUCUAAUUGUUGUUUCGUAUAUGGAGUAGGAAUAAGAGUGUGAUUCUAUUUUCCCAUAAUAGGUCGAAGUAAGGCGAUUCAAAGCUUAAGUUUAUGCGUUU